AUGAUGGAGACAGAGUAUUCCAAGAGAGUGUACCAAGGUGUAAGGGUCAAACACACAGUCAAAGACCUGCUAGCAGAGAAAAGAUCAAGACAAACCACAGUACCACGAUUUAAUCAAGCAGCCAGCUCUUCCCAGCCUGCUUUUGUACAAAUGCCAGGUACUCACAUGCUUCCUGGAUACUACAGCAUGCGCAGACCAUUCCUGCCAGAUUCUGAUCUGUGCCACCCCAUGAAGCAGUACACUUCGGACUCCUACUCUUCAGCCCUGGGCAGUAAAGCCUUCACAUAUGAGCACUCUUCCAGCUACCCCUCAUUCAUUGACAGCUAUUACCAGCAAGAUUCAUUUGGGGAUUACAGAAGUGCAACUGCUUACACAGCUGGUGGAGGGCCACUGUUUUCACCAACAGCUCUGUCCACACUGCUACCUUCUCUGUCUGGAGAGACACCGUCACAUUUGCUGCUGAAAGAUCCAUGGGAGCAGCCCUCAGAAGAUCACAUAAGUCAGUCUGAGGGUCUUUGCCCUGAGGGCCCAGCGCCAGUGGCAGAUUCCCCAUCUUUGGGUGGUCCUGACUCUGGAAGCUCCUCACCAUAUCGUCGAAGCACCGGAUCGAUUCCCUCCAGCUCUCAGGCUUACACUCUGCAAACACUGGAAGAUGUCCCUUACCCUGCAUCCUCCUACAGCUCAGUCUCCAGCUACUCCUGCACAUCAUACAUGGGUGCCCCUGGGGAUCUGUCUGUGGUUAAGAUGGCAUCUGUGUCUUCAGAUGAGGCUAGCAGUGGUGGAGUGUCUCUCAGUGACACUUCUGCCCAGGGAUGGGCCAAGGAUGAUGGAACAUGGAUGUCCUAUGAGUCAAGGAGGGCUUUUUGA